GUGGUGCCAAGGAACGGUACCGAAUGGAUCUUCAGAGAACCCACGGUGAACAUCUUCUCCAAUCUAGAUCGGAUAACUAACAUCCCGCUACUAGACCGAGUACCUAAGAAGCAGAAGAGGGUCUUCGAUGGCGACUUCCACAUGGAGUUCUGCGACAACGUCCGGCAGUUGCUGCAGGCCUACUUCCGGGACUUCAGCUUCGAAAAGCUGGACAAGCCGUGGAGGGCCUUCACCUCUUCCUGGGCGCCGGAGGCACUGGCCAAACACCUGGGCAUAAACUCCUCCUUCGUGAUCAAAGACCACUGUUACGUGCUUGUGCGACUCUCGAGGUUUCGCGAAACGGUGAAGCUCGACCGCAUCCCGAAUAACGUGCACCUGGUGGACGACGUGGCCAAAGAGAUUGACAAUAUUAAAAGCGGCGAUGUGGCCAGUGUUCUCGACUUCAUUAGCAAAUACGGAUCUCACUAUAUUCAUUCCUACGUUACGGGGAAUUCGUUGUAUCAGGUGUUUGUGUUUAACAAAAAGAACUACCAAGUGAUAAAAGACACUUUAAAGAAAACUGGCAUUACGAACGUAAGCCGUGAAAAUUUAGCUGACUUCUUCAGCCCCUUCUACGCGGACCAUAUGGGUUCCAUUUUGGUGGCCAGUGGGAACAAGUCAGUGGCGAACUGGGCCACAUCCGUGUUGAGGAAUCAUUAUUAUAUAUUCACUUAUCCAUCUUUAUUGAAAAUUCAUGGAGAUGCCAAACUACUCAGCACCUUAAAUAAUCUCCUCAGAAACGAAGCAAUUUUAAAAAUGGAGAUGAAAACUCUAGCAGUGGCAUUUAAAGAUCCAACAAAACGCAUGUGGUUUGAGGAAGUGUUAGACAAUAUUUUAAAAUUGUGGGAAAAUAACUUAUAGUUCAAUAGGUACAGUCAUUUAAGAAAGGUGUCUUUUUCAGAGUGAAGAAUAAUAAAAUCAUGCCCGAUUUUAUCCUUUAUAAGGUGUCAAUGUACUGUUUAUUAGGAAAGGAAAUAUUUCUCCAAACAUAAACACACUUGAAACAAUUUAUCCAAGUACUUAAGUGCUAUUUGGCCAUUUAUCAGGCAUUCACUGUGACUCUUGGGUUUAAAGUAUUUUUAGUUAUUUUAAACAAUGGAACUUUCGAGAUUCUUAAAUGACUGUCCAAUAAUUAAAAUGUGGAAAUUGUUUUGCUAUCAUGCGGUUUCCUGUUGAAAUGUGAUAAUAAGUGUAGUGAUAAUUAUUAAACCUUACUGCAUAUUGUAUAGGAUCCCAGUGACUAUAAAAUAAGGACCUUGACUCAGGAUUUUGUAAAGACGACAAUUAAAUGGAUCAAGAUUUCGUUAUUUUAUUUACUUUUCUAUUAUUCGUAUGUGUAACUAAAGAGUUUUUAAUUUU